CAUAUGUACCAUACAUAUACAUGCAUUGUAUGUAUAGAUAUUUGUGCUAUCAUCGACUUCUCAUAUGGUAUAUUGAACAGAAAGCAUACGAUAUAAACAUAAGAGAAAUCAGUUUUAAAUAGAUGAUGCCAUGUGUGAGAUGUUAGUCUUUUAAAGUUCAAAUCGUAAAGAAACAGAAAAAAAUAUAAUUUUUUUUACCAUUUCUCGAAUGUCUGUUGUUUUUUUAUCUUUAAUAAAUAAGUUGUGGUGAUUUAAUAGUUGUAAAAAAAAGUGAUUGCAAUUAUAUAACAGUGAUUUUGUUUUAUAUGUAAGAUUAAACCGGUACAAUUUAAGUUGUUGUUGUUGUUGUAUAUCUGUUAAAAACGUCAUCGCAUUUCGUUUUACAUUUUGCUGAUGAUAAUAUGAGGAAUACACUGUUGGAAGAGUUGCAGGAAAGUGGCUAUGUGGUUCUGGAAGACUUUCUAACACCGGACGAAACUGCGGAACUACUUGGUGCUGGCCGAGCACUGUGUAUGGAAGCACCGCAAGAGGGGCGAAAAGUUUUUUCAACCAUCAAAGGAGCAGACGCUCAGAAUAAAGAAAAUUAUUUCAUUGAAUCUGGUGACAAGGUUCGCUAUUUUUUCGAAGAGGGAGCUCUUGGUGAAAAGGGCGAACUGUUGGUUGAGCCGACAAAGGCAUUAAAUAAAGUGGGUCAUGCCUUGCACACGGAGAAUGCGCUAUUCAAGAAAAUUACAUUUAGUGAUCGUGUUAAAGAAACAUGUUGGCAAUUGGGCUUUCGACGGCCUGUGAUCCCGCAAAGUAUGUACAUCUACAAAAAUCCUGGGAUCGGAGGAGAAGUUAAAUCUCACCAAGACGCGUCUUAUUUACAUACCGAACCAAAUACAACGGUAGGCUUUUGGAUUCCAUUGGAAGACGCAACACUUGAAAAUGGAUGCCUAAAAUUCAUUAAAGGUUCUCAUAAGAGCGGCGUGCAUCGAAGAUACAUUAGGAAUCCGGAUAAGCAGGCAACGGAACUGUUAACAUACGACAGCCCUGCACCGAUCUAUCCUCUUUCCAGUUUCACAAACGUACCGGUAUCGAAGGGUUCACUAGUAAUAAUACAUGGACAUGUUGUCCAUCGAAGCGAGCUGAAUAGAUCUAGUAAAAGUAGACAUGCGUACACGUUCCAUGUCAUCGAAUCGGAUGGAGUAAAGUAUUCGGAAGACAAUUGGCUGCAACCACCAGCAGGAAAGCAAUUUCCCGUUUUAUAUUCAAAGUCAGAAUAGGCGUGCUCGUAUAAAGUAGGAUGUAGUCUUAUAUAGUGCGCUAGACGUUGUUCCAAAGAUCAAAAUAAAAUUAUUUUCAUGAACGCGGGCA